AUGUCUCCUAUCCACCGGCGGAAUACCGCUUCCUAUCGGUCAGAAUAUCCAUAUGGUGAUUUAAGAAUUGAUAAGAAAACAGGCGAGGAAUACAAUCCAUGUCACUCGUUUGUUGAACCAUGUUUUGGGAUUCCUGUAGACGAAUACAGAAAGAAUAAAGGUAAUAAUCAGUUACUCAUUAAUGUUGAGUUCCAUAGUAUUUAA